AUGGGGGUAUUUAGAAAAAGUACCGGUUCUUCUAACUCGUCCAAAGAACGUGCUGGAAAGAUGAAACUUACAAAAGAUGAUCGUGACCAUCUCAAACUUCGUACAGCGUCGGUGCAUGAUCCAAUUUUAGCAGCGGUGAACGAAGCUCAGCCUUUCGAACAAGCUGCGGAUAUCUUUAAUGAAAAUGGACAGCGUAAUAUGUACGGGGGGGCUACAUCUCAAGGGAUUAAAGAUGUGUUUGGAAGGCCGAUUGCGAAACCAGAUAUUUCUAAUCCAACUAGAGCCAGGGACGAACGUCCAUUGGAUACCAUACGGGGCUUUGAAUACGCCAUAACAGGCGAUCCCCGUUGGAUGUCGCAGCUAGAUUCUAACAGGUACGGUUUUCAUGUAAGACCUGAAUUCCCGGCGUUUAAUACUAUGGAUGCCUAUGGUGCACAAAUGGGUGAUUCACCUCAUGGAUUCAGUUAUGGAGGUGAGCAAGCUGUAUUUCAGCCUCCCAGAGUUAAAGUGGAUUCAAAGAAGAAGAAAAGAGGUUUUUUUGGGAAGAAGAAAUAG